UUUUCCGAAGAGCUGGCAACGUGGAAAGAUGACAGUUUGGUGGAUUUUGCUGGCUCUAAGUUGCCUGAGCCUGUCCGCAGGACUACAAAAGGUUAACAAAUAUGAGGGGUACAAGAUCUACGAAGUGACCUCGAAAGCUCGCUCAUCGGCUCUGCAAUUUGCCAUUUCCGAUUUGGCCAAAAUGACCAUUUACGAGGUGUUUUCUGCAUCUGGCAGUCAUCCGGCUAGGGUGAUGGUUCAUCCCCAGGAGCAGGUGAAUUUCGUAAAGCUUAUGGAUGAGCAUAAUGUGAACUACGAGAUUGUGAAGAAUUUGGGACUAACAUUGAGCCGGCAGUUUGACACGGAUCGCAUGUUGCGGAAUUGGUUUCCCUACAAUGGAAGACUGGGCACGGCGUACUAUUCCCACGGCGAGAUCAAUCAGUUUAUUGAGGAUUUGGCCAAGGAGUAUCCGCGUCGGGUUUUCGUGAAAACUGUGGGCAAGAGCUAUGAGAAACGCCUGAUGAAGACAGUCACCAUAACCAAUGGCGACGGCAGACGGAACAAGAAUGUGAUUCUCGUGGAUGGUGGCUUUCACGCCCGCGAAUGGAUCUCUCCGGCAGCUGUGGUCUACUUGAUCAGUCAACUUGUGGAGAAUCUUGAGGAGAAUGCCGACUUGCUGAAGGACUACGAUUGGGUUAUCCUACCAGUGGUGAAUCCCGAUGGUUAUGAGUACACCCAGGUGUCGGCGGACACACGCAUGUGGCGGAAGACCCGAAAGCCAAGCAGCGACAGUUGCAUUGGCACCGAUCCCAACAGGAACUUUGAUUUCCAUUGGAACGAGGAGGGUGCCUCCGAGAAUCCCUGCGAUAAUACCUAUGCUGGUUCGAAGGCCUUCUCUGAGCCGGAGGCUGUCGUGGUUGGGGAUCUCAUUCAUAGCUAUGCGGAUCGCGGAAAGAUGUAUCUGACCCUGCACUCUUAUGGACCGUACAUUCUAUAUCCUUGGGGCUGGAGCGAAGAUCUGCCGGAACUUGACGACUUGCAUGAGGUGGCCAAAGCUGGCUAUGAUGCUAUACUCGAGGCCACUGGCACUGAGUAUGUGAUAGGAUCCUCCACUCUGGUCCUUUAUGUGGCCGCCGGAGCCAGUGAUGACUAUGCUUUUAAUGCUGGCUUCCCCAUUUCCUUUACCAUGGAACUGCCACCUGGCGGCACCGGCUUCGAUCCCCCAGCCUCGGAUAUUGAUCACUUGGUCAAGGAGACCUGGGUGGGUAUUGCUGCCAUGGCCAGGAAAGUGGUGGCCAAGUAUCCACUUGCUUGAAUUGCUAAUCAGAUUCUAUCAAUAAAUCGUUAUUUGUGAAUUAUCUUGCCGCUAUAAAGACAA